UCCUUGCUUAGCUUCAUUUGCAUAGCUCUGGCACAAGAUCCCGUCAGUGUAGACAUAGCCUAGGAGCAGAUCGUUUCUCAUUCUCUGCUCCUGCUUCAAGCACAGAACAAGUGAUAAGGCUAUUUCUACACUACAAUCUGUACUGCUACAGCUGGGCCGCUCUAAUUAGCUCUCCCGUGGCGCAGCUCUUUGCUUAAAGGAGAGUGGAGGCCGGGUCACCCGAAACACGCUUGGCUUUCAAGGAAACGCAAUUACACCCAGGAGGACUCCGGAGUAGCCAACAGCCGUCCAGACCGCCUGCCGCCCACCCCCGCUGUGACCUUGUUCGGUCUACACCAUAAGCGGCGCCUGGCUGUAACGUGACACUACAACCGGGCCAGCUAGUGGGGGGCGCAGGGCAGAGCGUCCCCCAUGUGCCCUGCGCAGCUGCCCCGCCCCCGUGGCUUGUGGGACAGCCUCGUUCGUCCAGAGGAGCGCGACUGUCCCUGCGGCUCCGGGGCUCAGCACCCACAUUAGAGGGAGGGGCUGCAAGUCCGGCUCGGCCGCUACUCCGGACAGCUAGCGAGACUCUCCCGGGGAUCGGCCCCAUCCAAGCCAAGCCGGGUCCAGCGGUCUAUACACUGGCUUGGACAAGCGACCGCCUCCCCUCAUCUCAUCCGCUCACCUUAUGCGCGGGGCUGGCUACGGAGGCCGGCAGGAGCUGCUUCGCUCAGAUCAGAUUCCAGCUGAGUCCCGCCUUCUCGCCCUGAUUGGCCGUGGCACCGGAGGCUCUUCCCAUCACCUGGGUGACAGGGACGCUGUUAGCAGGAAGGACUGCCCCCCCCCAGCCAGUAGAGCGUUGGCGCAUGCGAAACAGUGCCUGGGGGUCCCAGGCGAGAAGAUGAAGCGAGUAUUUACUCUAUUAGAAAAGGGUUUGCUUGGUUCUCCUGUGCAAUUCACUUGGCAGAAAACUUUAGGAAACUUCCUUGCUGUGACAGGAGCUGAUCACACUGUAAAAAUCUUUGAUCGUCAUGGGCAGAAGAGAAAUGAAAUUAACUUAUCAAGCAACUGUGUUGCUAUGGAUUGGGAUAAAGAUGGGGACAUCUUAGCCAUAAUUGCUGACAAAUCCAGUACCAUUUAUCUGUGGGAUGCCAACACAAACAAAACAAGCCAGGUGGACAGUGGCAUGAGAGACCCAAUGUCUUUCUUGCUUUGGUCCAAAGUUGGAGCCUUACUUGCUGUUGGAACAACUAAGGGAAACUUGCUUAUUUAUAACCGACAGACUUCUCGCAAGAUUCCUGUCCUUGGUAAACACACCAAGCGGAUCACUUGUGGUUGCUGGAGUACUGAAAACUUGCUGGCACUAGGUAGUGAAGACAAAAUGAUAACUAUUAGCAAUCAGGAAGGAGAUACUGUAAGACAGACAUCAGUAAGAGCAGAUCCCAGUGAUAUGCAGUUCUCAGUGAUGAAGACUGAUGAAAGGAUAUCAACCAGGGAAAGCACAAUAAGUGUGGUGGUUGGCAAAAAAACAUUGUUUCUUUUUAAUUUGAAUGAUCCUGAUAACCCAAUUGAUCUGGAAUUCCAGCAGCGCUAUGGCAACAUUGUAACCUAUAGAUGGUACGGUGAUGGCUACAUCAUGAUUGGCUUCUCACGUGGGUGCUUUGUUGUUAUUUCUACACACAUUCGUGAGAUUGGUCAAGAGAUUUUUCAAGCUCGCAAUCAUAAGGACAACCUAAUGAGUAUUGCAAUAUCACAAUCACUAAACAAAGCUGCAUCAUGUGGAGACAACUGCAUUAAGAUCCAUGACCUGUCAGAACUGAAGGAAAUGUAUGCUAUAAUAAACCUGGAUGAUGAAAAUAAAGGCCUUGAUCACCUGGCUUGGACAGAUGAUGGGCAGUUGUUGGCAGUAUCUACACAAAGAGGCUCACUCCAUGUCUUCUUGACAAAGCUUCCAAUCCUUGGAGACACUUGCAGCACACGUGUUGCAUACCUCACUUCUCUUCUUGAAGUUACUGUGGUCAAUCAUGUUGAAAAAGAGCUACCAAUCACAGUUUCUGUUGAAGUGGAGCCAAACUUUGUUGCUGUAGGUCUUUAUCAUUUGGCUGUAGGAAUGAACAAUCGUGCUUGGUUUUAUGCACUUGGAGAGAAUAGUGUAAAAAAGCUUAAAGACAUGGAGUAUCUGGGGACAGUAGCCAGCAUGUCUCUCAAUUCUGACUAUGCCGCUGCACUUUUUGAGGGUAAAGUCCAGUUGCAUAUGAUAGAAGGUGAUGGUUUGGAUGCUCAGGAAGAACGAGAGACUCGACUUUUCCCAACUGUGGAUGAUAAAUGUCGAAUCUUGUGCCAUGCUCUUACUGGUGAUUUCCUCAUCUAUGGUACAGAUACAGGUAUUAUUCAGUAUUUCUACAUUGAAGACUGGCAAUAUGUGAAUGAAUAUCGGCAUCCUGUCAGUGUCAGAAAAAUCUUUCCAGACUCCAGUGGAACCAGAUUGGUUUUCAUUGAUGACAAAAGUGAAGGCUUUCUGUAUUGCCCAGUAAAUGAUGGUGUUCAUGAGAUCCCAAAUUUUCCACCAACUAUUAAAGGCAUCCUGUGGGAAAAUUGGCCAAUAGAUAAAGAUGUAUUUGCUGCUUAUGAUGAUGAUAAAGUGUAUACUUAUGUCUUCCAUAAGGAUACCAUACAAGGGUGUAAGGUUAUUUUGGCAGGUGGCACCAAGGUUCCCUUUUCCCAUAAACCAUUGCUUUUGUAUAAUGGAGAAUUAACCUGUCAGACUCAGAGUGGGAAAACAAACAAUAUCUAUCUUAGUACUCAUAGUUUCCUUGGCAAUUUGAAAGACACUGGAUUUAAUGAGCUGAAAAAAAUACUUACUCAGACUUUAAUGUUGAAAAGGUUUUCUGAAGCAUGGGAGUUAUGCAAACGUCUGAAUGAUCAAUCUAGUUGGAAUGAGCUUGCCAGAGCUUGCCUGCAUCACAUGGAAUUGGAGUUUGCAGUACGUGUUUAUCGGACAAUUGCAAAUGUUGGUAUGGUGAUGUCACUAGAGCAAAUAAAGAGAAUAGAAGACCACAACCUUUUAGCAGGACAUCUUGCCAUGUUUACCAAUGACUUUAAUCUGGCUCAGGAUUUAUAUCUGGCAUCCACCUGUCCUGUUGCUGCACUUGAGAUGAGAAGAGAUUUACAGCAUUGGGACAGUGCACUACAGCUAGCUAAGCGAUUGGCCCCGGACCAGAUCUCAUUCAUCUCGAAGGAGUAUGCUAUGCAGCUUGAAUUCACGGGUGAUUAUGUAAAUGCUUUGGCACACUAUGAGAAGGGAAUCACAGGUGACAAUAAGUACCAGGAACAUGAUGAAGCUUGUCUAGCUGGAGUGGCUCAGAUGUCCAUUCGAAUGGGAGACAUUCGUAGAGGGGUUAAUCAAGCCAUUAAACAUCCUAGCAGGCUGCUAAAGAGAGACUGUGGAGCCAUUCUGGAGAGUAUGAAGCAAUUUUCAGAAGCUGCCCAGCUAUAUGAAAAAGGCCAAUAUUACGACAAGGCUGCUUCAGUAUAUAUUCGCUGUAAAAACUGGGCAAAGGUUGGUGAGCUUCUCCCUUGUGUAUCAUCUCCAAAGAUCCACCUGCAGUAUGCUAAAGCAAAAGAAGCAGAUGGCAGAUACAAGGAAGCAGUUGUGGCUUACGAGAAUGCCAAACAGUGGGACAAUGUAAUCCGGCUAUAUUUGGAUCAUCUUAACAAUCCUGAAAAAGCUGUUAGUAUUGUCAGGGAAACACAGUCUCUUGAUGGAGCCAAGAUGGUAGCCAGAUUCUUUCUGCAGUUGGGUGACUAUGGUUCUGCCAUCCAGUUUCUGGUCAUGUCCAAGUGUAAUAAUGAAGCUUUCACACUAGCUCAACAGCACAAUAAGAUGGAGAUUUAUGCUGACAUCAUUGGUUCUGAGAAUACUACCAAUGAAGACUAUCAGAGUAUUGCACUAUACUUUGAAGGAGAAAAAAAACAUUUUCAGGCUGGCAAAUUCUUUUUGUUGUGCGGUCAGUAUGCUCGGGCACUAAAACAUUUUCUGAAAAGUCCAAGCACAGAAGAUAACAUGGCUAUAGAAAUGGCAAUUGAAACAGUCGGGCAAGCAAAAGAUGAAGCGCUAACCAAUCAGCUGAUAGACUACCUUAUGGGAGAGAGUGAUGGCAUGCCCAAGGACGCCAAGUUUCUGUUCCGCUUGUACAUGGCACUAAAGCAAUACAGAGAAGCUGCCCGAACUGCCAUAAUAAUUGCCAGGGAGGAGCAGACUGCAGGAAACUACCGAAAUGCACAUGAUGUCCUUUUCAGUAUGUAUUCAGAACUAAAAACCCAGAAAAUUAAAAUUCCUUCCGAGAUGGCUACAAAUCUUAUGAUUCUACACAGCUAUAUUUUAGUAAAGACUCAUGUUAAACGUGGAGAUCACAUGAAGGGUGCACGCAUGCUUAUUCGUGUAGCCAACAACAUCAGCAAGUUUCCAUCACACAUUGUCCCAAUCCUGACAUCAACAGUGAUUGAGUGCCAUAGAGCAGGCUUGAAAAAUUCAGCUUUCAGUUUUGCCGCUAUGUUGAUGAGACCUGAGUACCGCAAUAAAAUAGAUCUUAAAUACAAAAAGAAGAUUGAAGCAAUGGUCAGACGGCCGGACACAUCUGAGGCAGAAGAACCAACUACUCCAUGCCCAUAUUGUGAAUUCUUGCUUCCAGAGUGUGAACUCCUCUGUCCUGGAUGUAAAAACAGUCUUCCAUACUGCAUUGCAACUGGUCGGCAUAUGGUAAAAAGUGACUGGACGGUGUGCCCACAUUGUGACUUCCCUGCCCUGCACUCAGAGUUCAAAAUCAUGUUGCAGAGUGAAAAUGUAUGUCCAAUGUGCUCUGAAAGAGUUAGCAUUGUCCACCUUAAGAAGAUAGGUGACUGCACACCAUACCUCAACCCAGAAGAAAUGGAACAAUGAAUUUAUUCGAGUGCGUCAGCCACUUUCAGAACAAAUCCUUAAGAAGAGAUGCAAGAAAUGAGCCAAGAUACAGCAAGUAGCUUAAAUGAAAACUGAUGGCUUACAAUGCUCAGUGUUCAAAGGAAGCAACCACCUCCUUGUCAUUUGCUGCCAUUAAUUCACUUCUUGCUCUGUUCUACAGUAAAUACUGGUUUGGGUAAACAUUUUGGAUCCAGUAGGUGUCACUAUUUUCAAGUACCAGAAUGGACUUUUUAGGAGGGAAAGUUUAGCUAAAAUAUACACAUUGGUUUGUAAUUCAGGUGGCUAAAGCUUAAUACUGUUCAGAUGGCAACUAUUAUGUGAGUAAUUAGUGCAUUGUACCAACAGCCCUGCAGAUUGACACAGUGGCUAUUAAGCAUUUUUCAAAAGAAAUUAUCACUAUAUGAUGUAGAUGUAGGAUUGAUGUUUAGAUAGUUAGAGAAGCUAUUAUAAAACUGAACUUCUUUCAUAAUGUUAAUUGCCCAUUAGAAGAUAAUUUACAUUAUAUUGACAAGCAAUUAAUGUUUUAAUGCGCAGAAAAUAGGCAGCUGUACCAAGCUGAAUCUGCUUUGAAGACUGAGUAAUUUGAGUCCUGAGAAGUGUUGUGGCAUUGAGGAAGCUUCUUACUGGUUUGGUAGAUUUCCCUCCCUUCCCCAACAAUUUAAUACUGGAGCAAUUGUCAAUUUUGGUGUCUUUGGAUAAAUUUAAUAUUUAAUUUUUGUACUUAAAGCAGAAUAAAUCAAAUUUUACCCCAUGUUUAUCUGAAAUUCU